AUAAAUAGUAGAGCUUCACGUAUAUUAUAUAAGUUCAGGAAGGACACUGACGGACGGAGAGAGAGAGCUUCAAUUCAAUUCGCAGCAUUUUGAAAGGAAGUGUGAAACUUUCCAUCACGAUCAUAUCACAGGAAGGACAGAAGGAAGGAAGUUGCAUUUGGAUCCAUGGGUUCUUCUGCCAUGACUAUACAGGAAAAUGAACUCCAGAUUGAGCACAUCAUUGACAUUCCAAAAGAUAUUGGGCAUGCACUGCAUGAUCUGUGUUGUAUUUACAAGGUUCCUCCUCACCUCCGUAACCUGAAUGGUGGAGAAGCCUAUGAGCCACAGUUGAUCUCAAUUGGCCCUUUUCACCACGAGAAACCUCUCACGAAGUCAUCAAAAUUUCAGUCAAUGCAUACACAGAAACAAAGGUAUUUCAUUUCCUUUUGGGAACGUGUAACAAAUAAAAAGUCUGUGGCCAAAUACAAAGCCUUCCUAAAAAAAAACACUAACAAGAUACGCCAUUAUUAUUCUGUUCCCAUUGUGGAUAUAAAUGAUGAUGACUUUGUGGACAUGAUCCUGUUAGAUUCUGUCUUCAUCUUAGAGCUGUUUCUGAGAAAUUCAGAAACUGAACGGAAAAAGGAUUACAUGUUCACAACAUCAUGGAUUUGCAAGGGCAUCCAGAGAGACUUGUUGCUCCUUGAAAAUCAGCUUCCAAUGUUUGUGUUGGAAGCAUUAUAUGGAAAGAUUUUCAAAGAUAAUUUGCCAUCAAGAUUUGUUGAGCUUGGAGUUAACUACUUUGAAGAUUAUAUUCCAUACAAGUCAAUAUUAAGUAAUCACGACAAACACGCGAUAAUCGCGAUCUGUCAGUCGUGCAAACACUUCACCGAUUUGAUCAGAUGUUUCUACCUUCCAAAAAAAGUUCAUGACAAGGAGUGGGAUCCAUCAAUUCAUUUCAUCCUAAAUGGCGAAAAUGAAUAUAUCCCUAAGACUGCAGUGAGGCUGGACCAAGCAGGGGUGAACCUGGAGGUAGUUUACCACAGGGACAUGUUAGAUAUAAAGUUUACCAAGAUUCCAGUUAUGAACUGGCUUCUAUGCUUUGGUUGCAUUCCCUGCUUCAAGUGUUUCCAAUGUAGAUUGCAGAUACCUCAAUUCAAAGUAAAACAAACAACAGAAUGUGUUCUGAGGAACCUCAUUGCCUUGGAGAAGUGUCACUAUUCAGAUCAACCUUUCAUCUGCAGCUAUGUUUUUCUGAUUGACUCUCUUAUCAACUCUAAUCUGGAUGUGGCAUUCUUAGUUGAAAAAGAAAUCAUUGUUAAUGAACUUGGCAGCAAUCAUGAACUGGCAGAAAUGACCAAUGGUCUUUGCAAAAACGUCGUGGUGACACACAAUUAUUACGGCAAUAUUUCAAAGAAACUUCAGCAUCACUACUACAAUAGUUGGAAGCGUUCUAUGGGUGGGUUAAAAUCACUGUAUUUCCGGGACGCUUGGAGGUUCAGCUCAACUGUUGUAGGAGUUGUUGUUUUCAUCUUUGCUAUCCUCAACUUCCUCCGUCUUAUUGGUGUAUACAAACCAAAACACAAUUAAUCCGUUGCUGCAAUCUAUAGCACAUUUUCCUGUUGUUUAGGUUCUAAUAAACGGUUGUUAUUCAUUCACAGCCAAUUGUAUCUUUCAUUCAUUUUCACUCAUUUUCAUUUCAUGUA